UUCUUCAUGUGUCUGUCCUCUUAGUUAGUUCCUCUCACAUUCAACCCUUUAACUUCCUCUCUCUCUCUCUCUCUCUCUUAAGCUUCUACACAAGACAGAUAUGGAUUUAGAAAGAGACUCUUAGCUUAUUGAGUGAGAGAGAGGGAGAGCAAAAUCUGGCAUUGUCCUCUGUUGGUUUAUGGUUAGGUGAUGGUGGUAGAGGUGGCAGCUGAGAGAUCCAACCAUUUGGCUCUAUCUGCCAUCUUUAAUCUCCGCGUUAGUUCCUUCAAUUCCUUUUCUUCAAAACUUUUGCACCAAUUCAGUGACAUAACACUACACAUAUUGUUAUUCUUUGCCACAUAACAAACACAACCAAACUGCAUCCACUCAUUAUUAUUCAUUAGGGUUUCUAUUUUAUUCCUCAUCACACCUUGCUUUCUGUGCCUUCUUCACUUCUUGUGCUUGUUCUGUUCAUCCUUUUUCUUUCUCCUCGGGAUCUGAAACGCUUUCCAUUCCCGAGGGACUUGUCUUUAGCUACUAUCUUUUGAUCUCAUUCUCAAACUCAAACUCAAACUCAAACUCAAGCACUACUCACCAUUUCCGGAGCAAGAUUAUCGAUUUCUGCCACGCAACCUAAGACUUGUUUCUGAGUGAAAAAUUGGAUGGAGAAUAUGAAUAGUUUUUGUCAUGUUCCCCCGGGUUUUAGAUUCCACCCGACGGAUGAAGAACUUGUUGAUUACUACCUUAGGAAGAAGGUUAGUUCAAGGAAGAUUGAGCUUGAUGUAAUCAAAGAUGUUGACCUCUACAAAAUUGAGCCAUGGGACCUUCAAGAGAUAUGCAGGAUAGGAAGAGAAGAGGAGAAUGAAUGGUAUUUCUUUAGCCACAAGGAUAAGAAGUAUCCAACAGGAACAAGAACAAAUAGGGCAACAGCAGCUGGGUUUUGGAAAGCAACGGGAAGAGACAAAGCUAUAUAUUCAAAGCAUGAUCUCAUAGGGAUGAGGAAGACAUUAGUCUUUUAUAAAGGGAGAGCUCCUAAUGGACAAAAAUCGGAUUGGAUCAUGCACGAAUAUCGCCUUGAAACCGAUGAAAAUGCCGCACCACAGGAAGAAGGAUGGGUGGUGUGUAGAGUAUUCAAGAAGAGAGUAACAACGAUGCGUAAAAUGAUGAUGAGAGAGCAUGAUGAGUCUCCUAAUUCUUCUUGUUGGUACGAUGACCAAGAAUUCAUGAUGAUGGAAUCGCCAACAAAGCAACAAUCCUCUAUUCUUCUUCAUCAAUCCACCAAUAACCAUUCCAAUUUGAUGCAGCUACCACCGUAUCCUCUCAUCAAGAAAGAGCUUCAUCACCCAUCAUCAUCAUCAUCGUCAUACCCCUUCCUUCAGCUUCCACUCUUAGAGUCUCAUCAACAAUCUGCUGCUGCACCUUCCUCCAUUUCUGAACAACUCAUCAUGCCACCACCAAUUGGAGGAGGAGAACAAGUCCCGAGUUUUCAGUCAUUCUUCAAUAAUGAACAACAAGAAGUAGGAGUUCUUGAUUGGAGAGUUCUUGACAAGUUUGUUGCUUCACAACUUAGUCAAGAUGAUAAUCAUGCAUCCUCUAAUAGUAUUGUACAAGAUCUCACACAGGAAAUUGUUAUGGUGCCUCACAAUGAUGCUGCAUCAACAUCAAACUCCCUCACCUCCCCAAUUGAUUUGUGGAAAUAGCAUCAUGGAUUCCACCAUAUUAUAAAUUCCUCGUUUUGGGUACUUACUAAUUACAUUAUUUUACAUAUAUAUAUAUAUAUAUUAGAUACAAUUAAAUCUUCAACUGCAACUACUCUUUAAGUUCAUGUACAUAUAUAAACCUGCUAAUAUAUAAUGGGAUGGAGGGCAUGCAUGAAUUUAACUAUUAGCUUCAUUCUGAUGCCUCCACCAUUUUUAAUUAUGACAGUCAAAUAGUUAGUAACAAGACAUAUUCACCUUACUUAGUUUUAAUUUGC